AAAUAGAAGUUGAGUCAAUAGGUCAUUCUGGUGGUCCUGAGUCCAAAGCUAGGGUUUCCAGCUGAGUGAAUGCCCAGAGCUCUGGAUGGCCCCAAAGCUCCACAGCUCCACCCAUAACUGCUCCAGAGGUAUAGGUGCUAGAGUCAGAAGGCAAUCUAGGCAGGGCUGGGGCAUAGGGUACACAGGUGAGACAGUGGGUCUUGGGACAUGGGCAGUGUGUCUUCGUGGCAAUGGUGAGCUAGAGGGUGCUGCAGGAGCAGCUCAGGAUACCCUCAUCUCAGUGACUGUAACAGUGUCAUCCCCUUGAGUGCAGUUAUAGCCAGUCAUACGUAGACCCAGGGAAGGUCACCCAUAGCUAUAACACAGAGCAUCCAUGCAUGCUCACACACAGACACACAAGCAGUGCUGUACAAGCAUUGAACAAAUGGGUAGACACAUGCAGGUCUAUGGCUGUCAACACAUUUCCUCCCAUGAGACACAACCAUGUGUGUAGCUUGUGACACCGUGGCAGUACUCUCUGGAAAGCCUGGGUUUCCUGAGACCCUGGGUGUUCAGUCCAUUCUCGGGCCACCCAGAGAGUCCUGAAAUCUCACAGACAGAUGCAGCUGAGGCCAUUAGGAUGAGGUGGCAAUUCCAGUACCAUCCCAAGAGUCUUGGGGAGAAAGAGUGUUCCCCUGGAUGCUUAUGCAAGCAGUGGGCAGAGAGAGGACGGGAAGGCUUGUGCUCAGAAGGGACAGUAUGUGACAAAAGAAGCAGGAGAGUCAUGGGCACGUUCUGCAGGCACCGAGAAGCCUGAGAGAAGUCUAGACAUGUGGGAGUGCAGGUGCCAGACCUCAGCAGAACCGAUGGAGUGGGGAGCAGGCAGGGACCAGCCAGCCUCCCUUAGAGGGAUGCAUGCCUGCUGUGGCCCCUCUCCUGGGCAGCUGGAGGGAGGAGCCCUGGCUUGUGCAGGUCUGAACCAUAGCUGGGAGCCAUGCAGCUUCACCCCACUCAAAAGUAGCUCGGCUCUGGGCAGAUCAUUUACUCUCUCUACCUCAAUCUCAUCUACCUUCAUCUCUGAAGUGGGACAGCACUAGAAACCUUGUUUGGAGGGCCAUUCAGAGUAAGUCAUCUUGCUAAUGACUUCUGUGCAAGGACGAGUGUCCGUAGGCUGGUUUCAUCCAUGCCAGGGAGAGAGUGGUGUCGGGCAGUGGGAGAGAACCCACGUCCUGCCAGAGCUCUGGUACUCUGGGUGGGCGAACACAGGGGAGUGCGGCACGUUCUCUAUGCCGCCCAGGUGAGCAUCUGACUGUGGGAAGCCACGGAACCCCAGUCCUCCGGGGUAGAGAGUGAGCAGUCUGGGGUCUUUGGGCUUCACAGAGGCCAGAGACAACAGGUUCUCAGUCUUGGGCAUCUCAGACAUUUCUGUAUGUUUCAGAAGAGCUGAGAACAAAGUGAGGGCCCUGGGGGCAGCUCAGUCAGCCCCAGGGCUGAAGGGAGAAGAAGGCAGGGGAAGAGGGGGUGCUGGGUGGUCCCCAUGAGGGUGAGAGCGAGCCCUUGGUCCAUGGCUGGAGCACAGGAAGGCCUUCCGGUGGGAGGUUAGACUCGGCUCUUUAGGGGAAGGCCUAUUCCAUCAUUCAAGCAUGGCGGGUCUUGAUGAGCAGAGACUGUGUGUGAUUUUAGAGCUUUAUUAUAGAAAGAAAGUAAGGGGGAAAGAAAGAAGGUAGAAAGAGAGAGAAGCUGUCCAUGGCCUCGUGGAGAGAGAGGGGAAGGGAGGGGGAGAGAGAAAGCUAGAGAUGAAAAUACGAGAGGUGAGAGCUUAAGAGAGUGAGGAGGGGCCAAGCAGACCCUUUUAUAGUGGGCUGGGCUAUCUUGCAGUCGCAGGGUACCUGUGGGGAGGAGCAUUGCCUGGUUAACUGUGGGAGUGGAGUCUAGCCAGGAUAUCAGGAGCUUGGGACUUUGUCUGCAUGACUGAUAGUCACAAGAUUAUGAAGUUGGGGGCUCUGUGUGUCAGGUGCCUAUGUCUGUCUGGGCACAUGGCUCACUGUUCUGUCCUUUAUAGAGUUUCUGCUGGGUCUCUGGAAUAAGUCUCACUCUACCAGAAAACAGGCUGCCUUUCACGGUUCCACAGAGUAGGAGGGGAAGAGGUCCUGCUGCCAGAUGCCAUAGUGGGUUUCAUUUGUACCCUGUGGGGUGAGCUGGCAUCUUACAGAGAUUUGUCUGCAUGGGCAGUCCUGACAUAUGCUGGCUCCUGCAGGAGCUGGACUUAAAGGCCCUUGAGUAUAGUUUAUAACACCUCCAGGCAACCUCAAACAAUUUAUAUGGGGCUUUGUGCCAGGGCCCAUCCCCCACCUCUGCUGGCUGAGGUAGACCAGAUUCCCAGUGUCCCUCACUGCCCAGCACACACUGAGCUAGGACAUUCAGUGUGUGUUGGGCAGCAACCAGUACACAGUAAACACUCAGUAAGUGCCCAGUCUCUGUAUUCUCCCUCUUAAGUCAACACACACUUGCUGAGCAGUGUCUCCAGGCACAGAGGUGAGGUAAGGCAGAUGAGCUCCCUGGGCACCAGCUGGGUAAGGUAGCUGUCUCCAGCUGACCCAAACAGACUCCACUGUUACCAGGCCCUUUCCCCAUCCCCAGAGAGUCCAGGACAAGGUGGCUUCUAGUGGGAGUAUCCCAAAGCAGCCUGUCUCACAUCAAGUCCCCGUGAGCCAAAAUCCCCUCCACAUGUACCUCAGACUCCUACACUACAUAGCAUGCACAUAGCUACCAUACCCAGCCGCCACCCAGCAUGCACUGCUCAGCACACCCAGGACACUUGCCCACAUUUAUGUUAGGAAGCAACAUACAAAAGGCUGAGCCAAAGAGCCCUGGCCGUCCCUCUUCACAACUUUCUCAUGGAGCCUUGAGGUGGCAGGAAGUAGCUCCCAGUCCAGUGCAGGCAGGUCUCGGCCCAGUCAGCUUCCAGUCCCUUGUUUGUUGGGCCAGUGCCCCACCCUACAGCCUCCGGCACAAGUGGAGGGCUCACCAGUCUCUACCCCUCUUCCUGACCUCACACAGGCCACCUUCCUGUGUGCUGCAGUGUCAGGUUCACCAGGGAGAGGGCCAUUCCUGAGUGGCCCUGCCUCGGGGUCUGGCUCCCUAGCACCUCUGUGAGCAAUGAGUUGUGCCCACAGGAUGAGUCACUGGAUCCCUCAAGAGCAAGAAACCCAGAUAAUAAAUGAAAAUCAGAGGCCCCAAAACAGUGGCUUCAACUUUUCACCCUUAGCACCUCCUGAGGGUGUCAUGUUCAGUGGCACCUCUCCUGGAGAGACUCAAACAUGUCUACUCGCCCCAGAGGGAACUGACCAAAUAAGGACACCACCAAAGUCCAACUUGGUAAAGCAGUGAGUUUUAUUGGGAUUGCUUACAGGAAUAUGGGUGAGGGGUUACAGGAGCAGAAAUGACUCAGGGACAGCUGCAUCACCAAAGCCACCCCAGCACAGUGACAGCUCACAAAGCUGGAAGCCUAGAGCACAUUGCACAGCCUGCAGGCCUCUCAGCGUGUUCAAGAGUUUCCCUUCCAGGUGGCUCAGUUGACCUAAGUCCCUUCCAGGUGUCUUGGUGCCCUUACAGGGCGUCUCAGCAGCCCUUACAGUUAAAUUGGGAAGGGUGGGGUCUAGUGUAUCUGGUCAGUUUCGGGGACUUGCUGAAGCUUCUGAGUUGUCUACUUCCUUAGUCAUGAGGAGCUUCCUUCCCUGAGGAUAAAAUGUCUCAUCUCAGAGGACACUGCUACACAGCACACCAAGUGCGUGGCCUGCUCACGGGGCCUCACCUGCUCUGCUGUGGAUAGACUGAGGUCUCCCCCUGUGGGGCAGUCCCUCCCAGAGGCUACUGGAUUUGACCUUGACUAUUUCACCUUAGGCCUCAGUUUUCUUUCUACCAACUGGAGACAGUCCUUGUGGACUGUGGGGACAUUAAAGAGAGUUACUCUUCCCACGUCCUGGCUAUUAUUAUUUACUAUCCAUGAUAGCUACUAGUUGUGCCUCAACACACUGCUCUGGUGUCAACCACACCUGCCCAGAAAGCCAGAACCUUGCUUAACCUCCCCUCAUCCUUUGAUCCCAGCCUCCUCUAGCAUCCGGAUCCCAGUCACAGCAGCAGACAGCCCCUCCACUGCAAACCCCUGCCCAACCCUGUUCAGGGUCGGAGGCCAGCAUCAUGGCUUCUCAGUCACUCAGGAGAGUAUGUGUAGUGCCCUCUCAGCUGUGUCCUCUGGGCCCACGUGUCUGCAUUCCUGGGAGGAAGCUCAUGGCCUAACUUCCCAGGGUUUUUACAGGACCCUCCUGGGUAGAGGCAUACCUUCUGCCCUGUCCAUCCUCAAGUGAGCUUAUAUGGGAGGUCCCAGGGCCUUUCCUUGAGCCCUCGCACGUGAGAGCAGCCACACAUCCUGACCCCUCUACUGUGGGGAUCUCACCCCAGAGGAAGACUCAAGAGUGGAGAUCUCCCGGGCCCUGCCCAGCGGGCCUCAGGUGCUUACGGAUUUCACAUGAGGGCUUCUUGCCUGCCACUAAGAGGACACCAUCCAUUCCAGGUGACCCUGAUGUCACCCCUGGAGCCUCCAGCACCAUGGUCCUUGCCAGUACCAAUUCUACCAGAAAUGCUAGCCCUGCCCUAACACCCGUGCCUGUCUAGCCCAGGCUCUUGUCAGGAUGGAGGCGCAGGGUGGGAACUAGGUAGACCUGCCCUGGGCACCCUUGAGGGGUCACAGGUAAAGGCUGUGGCUGGAGUUCACAGAACCCAGGUGUGCAAGCCUGCACAUACAGUAUAUGGGUGCCCAGGCAGUGGGAGCAGGGCUGACCAGAGUUCUGCAGAGAUUGCCUGGAGGCCUUCCUGGAAGAAGAGAUCCUGGCACCGCACAAAGAGAAGCACAGGCUUUCCAGGGCUGAGGAGAGGGAGGUCAAGUGAGGCCCAGGUGCCCCUGCCUGAGCCUGUGUCCCCAGAAACCUCCUCUCCCUCUCAUCACCCCCACAUCCUCCCUGCCACUCCCCGCAGCUCCCUGUGGCCAAGUGCACUGCAGCACUCGGCUCUGCUCCACAAACGGUCUGCUCCACUCCAGGAAGGCCACCUCCUCCCCCCCCCCCCACCUCCGGCUGUCACCACUCACCGCUCUAGCCUCCAGGGGGUGGGGACCCCAGAGCUGGACACACCCCAUCGAAGCCCCACAGCUCAGCCAGCCGGACAGACUCACGGUCGGACUCAAGACCCCGGAGCCCUGAGGUGGGCAGCGCGCCAGGGUUCCUCGCAGCCUCUUCAAGCCCUCUCCAGGCCAUGGGCAUCAAGACAGCACUGCCUGCAGCUGAGCUCGGCCUCUAUUCACUGGUGCUGAGCGGUGCCCUGGCUUAUGCCGGCCGAGGUCUCCUGGAGGCAUCACAAGAUGGGGCCCACAGGAAGGCCUUCCGGGAGUCUGUGAGACCUGGCUGGGAGUACCUGGGCCGGAAGAUGGAUGUGGCUGACUUCGAGUGGGUGAUGUGGUUUACCAACUUCCGAAAUGUCAUUGUCUUUGCCCUCUCUGGACACGUGCUGUUUGCCAAACUCUGCACGAUGGUGGCCCCCCAGCUCCGCUCCUGGAUGUAUGCUGUAUAUGGAGUCCUGGCUGUGGUGGGCACAAUGGGCCCAUGGUACCUGCUGCUGCUGCUUGGCCACUGUAUGGUCCUCUAUGUGGCCUCACUCUUGGGCCAGCGUUGGCUGUGCCUUGCCCUUGGUCUGGCCAGCUUGGCGUCCUUCAAGGUUGACCCUGGAAUCUCUUGGCAGACGUACUGUUCCACGGUGGCAGCAGCUUCACAGUUCUGCGGUGCACCAGCUUCGCCCUGGAGAGCUGCGCCCACCCCGACCGCCGCUACUCCCUUGCUGACCUGCUCAAGUACAAUUUCUACUUGCCCUUCUUCUUCUUCGGACCCAUCAUGACCUUCGACCGCUUCCAUGCUCAGGCCUUUUGUGGUUUCCCUCUCAGACAGGGCUCUGCCCCUCCAGGUGAGCCAGGAGCCAGUGAGGCCAGAGGGCGAGCUAUGGCACAUUCAGGCCCAGGCGGGACUCAGCGCGGCAGCCAUCGUGGCUGUUGACGUCUUCUUUCACUUCUUCUACAUCCUCACCAUCCCCAGCGAUCUCAAGUUCGCCAGCCGCCUCCCAGACAGUGCUCUUGCUGGCCUGGCGUACUCAAACCUGGUGUAUGACUGGGUGAAGGCAGCGGUCCUGUUUGGUGUUGUCAACACUGUGGCACGCCUGGACCACCUGGACCCUCCUCAGCCUCCCAAGUGCAUUACUGCGCUCUAUGUCUUCGGGGAAACGCACUUCGACCGUGGUAUCAAUGAUUGGCUUUGCAAAUAUGUGUAUGACCACAUUGGCGGGGAUCACUCCACCGUGAUCCCAGAGCUGGCCGCAUCUGUGGCCACGUUCGUCGUCACCACUCUGUGGCUCGGGCCUUGUGACAUCGUCUACCUGUGGUCUGUUCUUAACUGCUUCGGCCUCAACUUUGAGCUCUGGGUACAGAAGCUGGCAGAGCGUGGGCCACUGGCACAGAUAGAGGCCCGGCUAUCAGAGCAGAUGUCUCGGAGGGUCCGGGCCCUCUGCGGGGCUGUAAAUUUCUGGGCUAUCAUCAUGUACAACCUCGUGAGCCUGAACAGCCUUGAAUUCACAGAGCUGGUUGCCCGACGCCUGAUACUUACAGGCUUCCCCCAGACCACACUGGCGGUCUUGUUUGUCACCUACUGUGGUGUCCAGCUGGUAAAGGAGCGUGAGAGAUCCCUGGCACUGGAGGAGGAGCAGCGGCAGGACAGAGAGAAGCUGGAGUAGGCAUGGGGACAGAGGACCGGGCUCUGCUCAGCUGCUUCUGGGCCCCAGGCCCAGGCCACGGAGCCUGACCAAUAGAAUAAAAGACUUUUCUACCAUAGUA